AUGUUCGUCUUAUUGGGCGAAUUGAAUUUCUGGACCUUCGAUAGUGAUGUUGACGUUAAAGACACGGAUUUCGGUGCCUUCAGGUGUGUAUUUCUCCCCCCAAUGCCAGUCCGUGUUUGUACCAUUAACAUUCCGCUGUAAACACUGGAACUGUAAUUACAAUUCCGCUGCGAGGCAAACUAUCAUGACAAAAAAUUCGAAAAUGUUUACGAAGAGGGUAAAAAGUCGUACGCUCAAAUGCGAGGAAUGGUAUAUGUACCGCAGAAUAAAAAAGGGAAUAAGCUGAAGGAUAAUAUUAAAUAUUUAGAGGAACAAUUAGCCACCUACUCAACUGUCUAUUGUCAAUGGUUUGAUUACUGUACAAUCCAAUUAAUGCUCAGUUCUGGAUUGUUAAUUUAUGUACAAGUCAAUCUAUGUAGUGGUGAUAUUCAAAAAAUUAUUUUUGACAAGUACUUAAUUGGAAAGUUAUCAGAACGAUUAUCUGAUGUGAUCAUUACAAAAAAUUACUUGGUCUGUACUUACAAUGAUACUCAAGUUACAUUAAUUAGUUUUGCCAAGUCCAAGAAAAGUAUAUUUGAUAAAAUCAAUAAGUUAGAUUCUAAAAUUGUAACUUUUGACUUGUGCGGUCCAGCAGGGCGUAGAUUAGAGAAAAAAAUCCAACACAAUAAAUCUGAAGAUUUAAUAUUAAUAUGGUGGAAAUCCACCAUGAAUGAAGUAUUUCCAUGGAGUCCAACCGUAAAAGAACACGAUCGUGCUAAUGUACAUCUCUACAGAAUUAUUGGUUCAAAGCUGGAAUUAUUGUGUUACCUUCGAACCGAGUUCGACCCUUUGUGUAUCACAUUUCAUACUAGUUACAAUAACGUCUUCCACUCUUUAGAACAAAAGGUGUCGAGAAAGGGCGAAGUUACGGUCGAGUGGCGCACUUACGAAGUGUCUCAAAAUGAUAAACUGCAAAAAAUAGCAAUCGUCUCUGUACCUCUACCCACCCACACAAGCUGCGUGAAAUUUUCACCGAAUCAAGAUAUUUUGCUUUUGUGCUGCAUCGAUGGCACAAUUACUUUACAUAAUCAAGUAAAAGGCGUCAAUAACAUCAUUAAAACUGCUUUUAUACCCACUCUAGCUUGUUGGCACAGUGAUGGACAUUUAUUUGCCGUUGCUAAUGAAAGAGGUCAAGUGCAAUACUUCGAUAUUGCAUUAAACUGCCUAAAAAGUCAAAUGACCGGUGAAGAUAUCGCACCUGCCAAUGUGAUCGAUUUAUCUUCCUAUUUUCGGACUCAACCUGCACUCAUUAGACUCGAAUGGGCUAAAAAAAAUGAGCCAAACACUUUUGUAGAUUACUACAAUCACGGAGAUUCUUUAAUUUUUUUAUUAUUUGAAAGAGGUCCAAUUGCAAUAUUUAGAAGUAUAGAAAGUGAUAAUUUAGGUGGAGAUGUGUUAGUGCAAAAGUAUUUAGGGCUAUCACUUGUUCAACAAGCAACCUCUCUGUUAUUAGCUAUGAAUUGGGAUUUACAUCCUCAAGCUUGUAUGCAUUCAUUAAAUCAAAUUGUAAAUUUUCUUUUCAAGAUGCCAUUGACACCUGAUAGAGAAAAUCUUAUCCAAAAUGCUCUGGGUAGUUUUCAUGUCCCAGCUAAACCCUUGAGUCAGGCAGUUAUUGACGAAUAUGGCAAUGAAGUUCGUGAUUUGACAAGAAGAUUUUUCCAUUAUCUCCUUAGAUACCGACUUUUUGAGAAAGCAUUUCGUUUGGCUAUUGAUUUGAGCGAUCACGACCUUUUCAUGGAUAUACACUUUUAUGCUGUUGUUCUGAAAGAUACUGAAAUGGCUGCUGCAGCGAAGGAAAAAGCUGAAGAAAUUAUUAGUAGAUGCAAUAGUAGUAAUAGUUCGCAUUCAACAUGCUCACGGCCUUCAUGUUCGAUAUGUUCAGAUUCCGAAAGUGAUAAAGAUGAAUCUUACUCCGAAGAUACCGAAAGUGAAGAACCACCUAGAAAAGAAAAACUUCAUUCAAAGCGUAUGCCCAAACUUAAUUACCCAAAAAGUCUAAAUAGUCAAGUUCCGCCACUUCCUGUUGUUUAUACACCAGUAUAUAAUAACGGUGGCUUCAUGUCGACAUCUUUUAAUGAAACAGUAGAUAGCACUCAUAAUAAUUUGAUGUCUACUUCCUUUAAUUUACCUAGUAGUAAUAUUACUCCAGUUUCUUUAAGCUAUUCUGCUUCCGAUUUGAUUCCAAAUACUCUUUUGUCUGCUAGACCUUAUAGUAGUACAUCAGCAACUUUUAGUUUAAUAACAACUCCUACGUUCACUCAGCCAGUAAAUUACGAUAAUUUAGUAUCUCCAGUUGAAAGUUUAUCCAUUAUGAAUCAAUUAACUCCAAGUGUUGCACAAUUAUCUUUAAAUAGCAUGUCCUUAGAAAAUAUUGCAAAUCCUUAUCAAUCAGCAAACAUUGUGCCAAGUGCUAUUCCAACCAGUAUUUGUGAUACAAAACCAAUUGAAAUUAUAAGUUCUACUAUGUCUUCCAUUGUGACCAAUACCACUAGUAAUCUGAUGACAACAUCAUUCACAAACUUUUCAUCAAACACAAUAUCUUUUUCAGAGAAUGGAAAUAAUGUUCAAAAAAAUACUGAAUUCAAUAGCAAUAAUACAUUUUCAAGUGGUAUUAAAACAAAUUCUCCACUGACAUCCAGUGCCUUAAGUAACCUUCCAAUAAAUAAGACUGAAAUUACUCUUAAAACAUCUUCUGAAGUUAAUGAGUCACCUUCACCUCCAAUAUUUAAUUCUGUUAGUAAUCUAAUGUCUACUUCCUUUAAUGAUCCAGUGGAUGCAAAUGAUGAUUCCAAUGGCAAUUCAUGUGAUAGUUCAAGUAACAGUAAUUCAACGAAAGACCAUUCAGCUUCAAACAUUCCACCUCCACCACCCCCUUUGAUUACUGAUACCUUAUCCAGUUACAUGCAAAAUUUACCUAAAAAAAGUUUUUCUCUUUCUGGAAGUACACCAGGUUUAUUAGAUUUGGAUAAUUCUUUUUCAAAAUUUCAGCAUGCACAGCCACUGCAUGCACCACCCAGUUUUUUACCUCAUCAAAAUUCAGUUUCCAAUAUAUUACAGUCUCAUCAUAGAAAUAAUAUUCAAGCGACUCGUAAAUAUAGACUAGAUUAUGAUCUUGAUUAUAUACCCUUCCAUAACAGUUGUGAUAAUUUGAGUUCAUCCAAUGCUCAUACAAGUCAUAUUAAAUCAAAUAAUUACAAUUUCUCUCCAAAACCCUUUGACAGUAAGUUGUACAAAUUAGGAAUUUCACAAAGUAGUGUGAACGUUAAUUCAAUUAGAGAUUAUAGACCAUCUUCCAAUGUGCCACCAUUACCUAUUAUAACUACUUCAUCUAAUGAAAAACUCUCUUCCCCUUCAACAACACCUUUGGAUACUGUGGCAACUGUAACAGAUAAGCCCAAAGUCAAAUUCUCGGAUACUGUUACACAUAUUUUAGUACCUACUUCCGGACCAACAUACCGACCAAUUAGAUCUGUUACACAGUUACAUCCAAUGGAUCCCAAAAGAGAAUUGGCAGACAGUUUACCAUUGUGUUUGGGAAAUGAAGAUUAUUUAAAAGACUUUCAACCUUUAUCUAAAGAUGGUUCUGAUAAAGUUAAAGAUUCAAUAAAAACUGAGGAGCCCGCCAAAAUCAAAGUUGUACACUUUGGUCUUCUGUAGUAAUGCAAAGG